AUGGCUCCUAAACGCAAAGCAUCCGGCCCAGUGGCCAAAUCGCAACAAUCGACCCUCGCGUUCCACGGGACGACGAAUAGGGUCACAAAGUCCGGCGCCAAAGCACAAGGCGCAAAGAAGAACAUACUCGAAGCGAGGCUGAAAGACAUCAAGCCGGAGAUUGUCGACAUCUCAAAUACUGAGCCGACAACGACGGAAGCUGCGAUAAUCGAGCAAACAAAACAGGAGGUCAAGGCGCAAGAGGUGGAGAGCACACCAGAAGAGGACAAAGCACGGCGCAUAUCAGAUGCAGCGAUCAAGAAGUACUGGGCAGCAAAGGAGAAGCAAAGGCUUGCACCGCGGGCGCAUCAGGGAGCGCUGAGCCUGCAUGACAAGAUACUUAGGGAGUUCGACAUGAGCGCACACUAUGGCCCAUGUACCGGAAUCGCUCGGUUGAAGCGCUGGAAGCGAGCCCAACGGCUCGAUCUCGACCCACCGAUCGAAGUACUCGCGGUUCUGUUGAGAGAACAGGAUGCUAGCGAUAAAGAGAGGAUAGCUGUUCAGCGCUCGAUCGUCGAUGAUAUUCUGAAUUCCAAGGCCGAGCUUGAUGUAUGA